ACAACAUACAGCCGCGUGACCUUAGAGAAGUACUGCACUGUGUAGAUGUGGAGAGGCGUCAAAUUCAAUAUCAGCAUCUGCUCACAUUAUUAUCAUGCCUGUGGAUUAGCGGGAGACUGUCUCGUAGUUGAGUAGAGCCGAGGCGUUUCCUACUUUGUUACGGAGGACGCUCUCACUGUACGUGACGUCAAACCAGCAUGGCGGUCAAGGUGCAAUCCACUAAACGAGGCGACCCAAACGAGCUUAAGGCAAUCUUCCAAAAGUAUGCCAGUGUGGUGGAUAAAGAUGGAGAGAAAUUUAUGACCCCUGGAGAUUUUGUCCAGAAUUAUUUAGGAUUACAUACUCCGAUCCAUCACAACCCCAAAACGGUCCAACUUAUUGCUGCUGUUGCUGACACUACAAAGGACGGGCUCAUCUCAUUCCAGGAAUUUCUUGCUUUUGAGUCUGCCUUGUGUGCACCGGAUGCCCUUUUCAUAGUCGCCUUCCAGCUGUUUGAUAAAAAUGGCACUGGAAACAUUUCCUUUGAAAAUGUACGGGAUAUCUUCAGUCAGACAACAGUGCACCACCACAUCCCCUUUAACUGGGACUGUGAAUUUAUCCGACUCCACUUUGGCCAUGACCGUAAGAAAUGUCUCAACUACCUUGAGUUCACCCAAUUCCUUCAGGAGUUGCAGUUGGAGCAUGCACGGCAGGCAUUUGCCCAAAAGGACAAAGGCAAGAAUGGUGCCAUCACCGCUAUGGACUUCAGUGACAUAAUGGCCACUAUCCGGCACCACAUGCUCACACCAUUCGUGGAGGAGAAUCUUGUCUCAGCUGCAGGUGGUGGAACAUCCCACGUGGUCAGCUUCUCCUACUUCAAUGCUUUCAACUCACUACUGAACAACAUGGAGCUAAUCAGAAAGAUCUACAGCACAAUGGCUGGUACAAGGAAGGAUACUCUAGUAACAAAAGAGGAAUUUGUUCAUUCUGCCAAUAAGUUUGGUCAAAUCACUCCAAUGGAAAUAGACAUCCUGUACCAGUUAUCAGGCUUGCAUUCUCCCUCUGGGCGUCUGAACCUUGCGGACAUCGAAAGGAUAGCUCCAUUAGAAGAAGGAAGUCUGCCGUACAACCUUGUUGAAUCUCAAAAAUCAGUUCAUGGAGAUGGUUCAAGGCCUGUAUGGCUUCAAGCUGCUGAGUCAGCGUACAGGUUUUUUCUUGGCUCUAUUGCUGGAGCUACGGGAGCAACAGCUGUGUACCCCAUUGAUUUGGUAAAGACUCGUAUGCAGAAUCAGAGGUCAACAGGGUCAUUUGUUGGAGAGCUGAUGUACAAAAACAGCUUCGACUGUGCAAAGAAGGUGCUGCGUUAUGAAGGAUUCUUUGGCUUCUACAGAGGUCUUGUUCCACAGCUUAUAGGUGUGGCACCAGAGAAAGCCAUCAAACUCACGGUAAAUGAUUUUGUGAGAGACAAAUUCACAGAAAAGGAUGACUCCAUUCCUUUAUUUGCUGAGAUUAUGGCUGGAGGAUGUGCUGGUGGCUCUCAGGUUAUCUUCACCAAUCCUCUUGAGAUUGUGAAGAUUCGCCUGCAGGUGGCAGGAGAGAUCACCACUGGUCCACGAGUCAGUGCACUGAGCGUGGUUCGAGAUCUUGGAUUCUUUGGGUUGUACAAGGGGGCUAAAGCAUGUUUUUUGAGAGAUAUUCCUUUUUCAGCCAUCUAUUUCCCUGUGUAUGCACAUACCAAGACCUACAUGGCAGAUGAGCAGGGCAGGCUGGGCCCAUUGCAGCUGUUAACAUCAGGAGCUAUCGCAGGUAUCCCUGCUGCCUCUUUGGUAACGCCUGCUGAUGUAAUCAAGACUCGCCUGCAGGUGGCAGCGCGGGCCGGACAGACGACCUACAAUGGUGUUGUGGACUGCUUCUGGAAAAUCUUGAAAGAAGAAGGCUUCAGGGCUUUGUGGAAGGGAGCAGGAGCUCGCAUGUGUCGAUCUUCACCGCAGUUUGGUGUGACUCUGGUGACCUAUGAACUCCUGCAGAGGUGGUUCUACAUUGACUUUGGUGGACAUCGCCCAGCAGGAUCUGAGCCUACUCCCAAAUCUCGGAUUUCAGAGCUCCCGCCCAUUAACGCGGAUCACAUUGGAGGGUACCGCCUGGCUGCCGCCACAUUUGCAGGAGUGGAGAACAAAUUUGGACUCCAUCUCCCCAAAUUUAAAUCCUCUGGUGUAGUCUCUAUACAUCACUCAGAGCCACCUGCUGCUCCGGCUCAGGGACCAUAGCUAGUUUAAUAUCAUAACAUUUUCAUUUCCUGUUCCCAUACCAAGAGAUGACGUAACACAAAGAAUACGCACAAUAAAAUACACUCCACAAAUGAGGCUUUCAAACAACCAGCAGAGCGCGCCCUUGCCUAGGACUCCUCUGGCCCUGUGGUUCCAGCUGCGGAGGAAUACAGUGGCUCACAGCUGUGGGUUUUUCUACAAAAGCUAAAGCCUCAAGCUUCCUCUCAAAGUAGCUAUGAUUUGUAUUUUUUUUUUGGGCAGAUACUUGUGUGCGUAGGACUUUUUAUUGGACAAAUAUAUAAAGUGUAUACUAUUUCAGAUUGGUUAACAUGGUGAGUGGAACUUAACUCUUAAGACAGACUGUUCAUACUGUAAAACACUGAUGCAGCUAAAGAGAGUUACAAAGUGCACUCCAACUGUAACAGCAGCAGAAAUGUUGGGCCUUUGAUCCUGACCUCCAAGAAUCGGUCUUACUGAUGUACAGAACAUUAAAGUGUUUUCUUGAUAAAAGAUCAAAAGGAAAAUUAGCAUAUAAUAAAUUAAAUGUAUUUCAAUUAUGUCAUUGUAUUUUAUUGAUUAAAAUCAUGGGUUUGAUUUUACAAA